UGGUGUCUGGCUGCUAUCGGUAUCAGUAUAGUCUUCUAUAGUGCGGUGUGCGGUACAGAAGUGAAGGUAGCCACGGUACAUGCUGAAGGCACAACGUACAAAAGAUCCCUCACCAUGGACAACCCAGGGUUUGUGAUAGAUAAGAAGAACCAGUCGGUGCUCAGCCUGAAUCAUGAACCCUUCAACACUUCAUCAACGCAAAAACUAACGGACAGCAAUGGCAAGGCACUCAAAUCCUCCAAACUUAAUCCAGACAUGUACGACCCAUUCUCCAAUAGAGACAUGACCCAUGCUACUCCAGACACCGGUGCGUUGCUGCAUCUACUGAAGAGCAGUUUAGGCUCUGGCAUCCUCGCGAUGCCCAACGCCUUCAAGAACGGAGGUCUCGGGUUCGGUGUCAUCGGAACCAUCAUUGUAGGCAUCAUCUGCACCCACUGCGUUCAGAUGCUGGUGUGGUGCUCACAGGUGUUGUCUGUUAGAGUCAAGAGGCCGAGUCUUGGGUUUGCCGAGACAGCAGAAGUAGCCUUCCAGACAGGACCUCCCAGGUUCAAGACCUGGGCUACGUUUGCCAGAGAGUUUGUCAACACCUCUUUAUUCUGCACGUAUUACUUUGGCAACACUGUCUAUGUCGUCUUCGUAGCUUCAUCUUUUAAACAGGUCAUAGACAUGAACGCCAACAUAGACCUGAACAUCCGCUUGUACAUCCUCCUGUUGGCCAUCCCCCUGGUACCUCUCGGCAUCAUCCGAACCCUCAAGUACCUCGUGCCGUUCUCCGCACUCGCCACCGCCUUCAUCAUGUUCGGACUUGCCAUCACGCUAUGGUACACUCUUACCGACCUCCCACCACUGGAAACCAGACACCAGUUCAGCAGCAUAGCACAGCUGCCCCUGUUCUUCUCAACGGUGUUGUUCGCCAUGGAGGGAAUCGGCACGGUGCUACCGAUUGAGAACUCUAUGAAGAACCCAGAGCACUUCCUAGGCUGCCCUGGAGUCCUCAAUAUCGCCAUGACAGUUGUUGUCUGCCUCUACGCCUUCGUGGGGUUCUGCGGAUACCUCAAGUACGGUGAAGAGACCAGGGGAAGUGUCACGCUCAACCUGCCUUACGAUCUAUUGGGAGAGAGUGUCAAGAUCCUAGUGGCGUUGUCCAUCCUGUUCACCUACGGACUUCAGUUCACCGUUCCCUCAGAGAUUGUCUGGAAGAAGAUCAGCCACAAGAUCAAGGAAGAGAACCAUAACAAAUGCUACUACAUCAUGCGGGCCUGCAUGAUCCUUGGAACUGUUGUGAUCGCCAUCGCUCUACCAGACCUGGAGCCGUUUAUUUCGCUCGUCGGAGCGAUUUGUUUCUCCAUUCUUGGACUGCUGUGUCCGGCCGUCAUCGAGAUCGCUACUUUCUGGGAAGAACCGGAGUACUGGGGUUUCCUACGUUGGCGUCUCCUCAAGAACUAUCUGCUCUGUCUACUCUCCGUGUUCGCUCUCGUAUCCGGAACUUACGCCAGCGUCCGGCAGAUCAUCGACUCAUAUCAACACGGCGAAUUGUGAUAGGUCCAAAAUAGGACAGAAGUUCCCGGUGGUAAAUACUCAUUGGUAAAAGAUCAGAAAUACUUUGAACUGAACUUGUUUUUUUUUUUUAUUUGGCUACUGUAUUUUGUGUCAAUUUAGUAUUCCCCCUUAUUUAUUUUGAUUUAAAAAAGGUUUGAAGUAUCAGAUAAAAAUCUGGUUGCAUAUUAAACACCUCUAAAACUUAUUUUCAAGUUAUAAACUAUACUAAAAUUAAAAUGCCAACCUUACAUUCAAAGUCAUAUGUAUUUUGACUUCAAUCACAAUAGGUUACUUAAGCCAAAUUAUUCAAUUUAAGUAAUAGGUUUAUGUGAAAUGUGUGAACAUAAAUUUAUUUGAAUAUAUUUAAGAACCAACCUAAUCAAAAGAAGGGGAUUUGUACAUAAAGAUUUGACUUUUUUUUAUAGAACAAUUUUUUUUUAUACUCAAAACACUUUAGUGGUAUAAGUUGGCUAACAUGUUAUCCUCUCAUACAGAGUCAAUUAAUCAAUGUUAAUUAAUUAUUUUUCAAUUUAAAAACAUUUUAUUUGGUAUUUAUUUGGAUUUAUUUUAUAUUUCACUCCAAUAACUUUUUUUGUUCCUCGUAGCACUAUAAAGUAACAAUUGAGCCAAUUUCAUUCAUACUAGAAUUUGAUCUAAAUAUAAAUUUGUAACUUUAUAAUCAUAUAGGGUAUUUUGCUAAUGUGUUUGUAAAACUUGUUUAAGGUCCACCCACAUAAAAUGUAUAUCAGAAUUUUAAUGUUUUAAAUCUAGGAUUAUUAUGAAUAAAGAACUUAAAAUGUUGUUAAUCAAGUCCCACCUUAGAAAUAUGAAAUUUAUAAAGAAUACAAAAAUGUGACAUUUGUACAGCUAUAAUUCUCUUUCUUGCCAUGAAUGUGAACUUUUUCGGCUUAGUCUCUUUUAUAUACGUUACCUAUCUCCUGGUUUUGGUUUAUUUUAUCAUCUUGUGAAAAGAUACUUAGGCUCUAAAAGUGACUAUGGUAUUUUUUGGCAACCUUGUAAUUUUAGUAUUUUACCAUUGACAGUAUUAAUGUAAGAUACAUUUCUAUUUGUAAUUUAUUGCUAAAUGUAUUGUACAUUACAACUUGAUCUUAGUGUAAUAUUUGUAUAUUUAUUGUAGAAAGUGAUGUAUUUAUUUAUAUAAAUGUU